GGAAGUGACGUGCGGUGCUCGGCUGGCUGCGGAGUCAGUCGAAGCUCUCCUCAGCGGCCGGCUGAGCCAGCUGAGGCGGGAGAAAAACAUGGCUCGGACCUUGGAAGGCGCGAAGGCUCGAGUUGCGGUGGAGACCAGGGCUCCCGCGGCGUGAGGUCCUGGUAUUUUGGAAGCUACAAGAAAAAAGAUUAGGUUUGGUGUUUUUUGUGGACAUGGCUCAGAUUUCUAACAACAGUGAAUUUAAACAGUGUUCAUCUUCACAUCCAGAACCAAUAAGAACCAAAGAUGUGGACAAAGCAGAAGCAUUACAGAUGGAAGCAGAAGCCUUAGCAAAACUGCAGAAGGAUAGACAAAUGACUGACAAUCCAAGAGGCUUUGAGCUGUCUAGCAGCACUAGACAAAGAACACAAGGUUUUAACAAACAGGAUUAUGAUCUCAUGGUGUUUCCUGAGUCGGAUUCCCAAAAAAGAGCAGUAGAUAUUGAUGUAGAAAAGCUCACCCAAGCUGAACUUGAGAAGAUAUUGCUGGACGACAAUUUUGAAACUAGAAAAACCCCUGCAUUGCCAGUUAAUCCUGUUCUGAGCCCUUCAUUUUCAGCACAGCUGUAUCUUAGACCUACUGUUCAAAGAGGCCAGUGGCCCCCUGGAUUCUGCGGGCCUUCCACAUACACUUUACCUUCUAUUUAUCCUUCAGCAUACAGUAAACAGGCUACAUUCCAGAAUGGCUUCAGUCCAAGGAUGCCCACCUUUCCAUCUACAGAGUCUAUAUAUUUAAGACUUCCAGGACAGUCUCCAUAUUUUUCAUAUCCUUUGACACCUGCCACACCAUUUCAUCCACAAGGAAGUUUACCAGUCUAUCGACCACUAGUCAGUCCUGACAUGGCAAAACUAUUUGACAAAAUAGCAAGUACCUCAGAAUUUUUAAAAAAUGGGAAAGCAAGGACUGAUCUGGAGAUAGCAAACUCGAAAGCUUCAGUCUGCAAUCUACAGGUAUCUCCAAAGUCUGAAGACAUCAAUAAAUUUGAUUGGUUAGACUUGGAUCCUCUGAGUAAGCCUAAGGUAGACUUUGUGGAGGUGUUAGAACAUGAAGAAGAGAAGAAGAAUCCAGUCUUGCUAGCAGAGGAUCCUUGGGACGCUGUUCUUCUUGAAGAGAGAUCUCCAACAGGUUGUCACUUAGAAAGAAAGGUGAAUGGAAAAUCCCUUUCUGGGGCAACUGUAACAAGAAGCCAGUCUUUAAUCAUUCGAACAGCUCAACUUACAAAAGCCCAGGGCCAAGUAUCUCAGAAAGACCCAAAUGGGACCAGUAGUUUGCCAACUGGAAGCUCUCUUCUACAAGAAUUUGAAGUACAGAAUGAGGAGGUGGCAGCUUUUUGUCAAUCCAUUAUGAAAUUGAAGACCAAAUUUCCAUAUACUGAUCAGUGCACAAACCCAGGCUAUUUGUUAAGCCCAGUCACAGUGCAAAGAAACAUGUGUGGAGAAAAUGCCAGUGUGAAGGUCUCCAUUGAAAUUGAAGGCUUUCAACUACCAGUUACUUUUACAUGUGAUGUGAGUUCUACUGUAGAAAUAAUUAUAAUGCAAGCCCUUUGCUGGGUACAUGAUGACUUGAAUCAAGUGGAUGUUGGCAGCUACAUUCUGAAAGUUUGUGGUCAAGAGGAGGUUCUACAGAAUAAUCAUUGCCUUGGAAGUCAUGAACAUAUUCAAAAUUGUCGAAAAUGGGACACAGAGAUUAAAUUACAGCUCUUGGCCUUCAAUGCAAUGUGCCAGAAUCUGGCUCGAACAGCAGAAGAUGAUGAAGCACCUGUGGAUUUAAACAAAUACUUGUAUCAAAUAGAAAAACCUUAUAAAGAAGUCAUGACAAGACACCCUGUUGAAGAACUCUUAGGUUCCUAUCACGACCAAGUAGAACUGGCUCUUCAAACUGAAAACCAGCACCAAGCAGUUGAUCAAGUGAUUAAAGCAGUAAGAAAAAUCUGUAGUGCUUUAGAUGGGGUGGAGACCCCUGCCGUCACAGAAGCAGUGAAGAAGCUAAAGCGAGCAGUUAACCUUCCAAGGAAUAAAAGUGCUGAUGUGACUUCAUUAUCUGGAGGAGAUACUAUCAAGAACUCAACUAGGGGGUCACUGAAUCCUGAAAAUCCUGUUCAAGUAAGCAUGGAUCACUUAACGGCAGCAAUUUAUGAUCUUCUCAGGCUCCAUGCAAAUUCUAGUAAGAGUUCUACAGGCUGUCCCCAAAGUAGCAGGAACGUCAAGGAAGCAUGGACUGCAACAGAGCAGCUCCAGUUCACUGUCUAUGCCGCACACGGAAUUUCCAGCAGCUGGGUAUCAAAUUAUGAAAAAUACUACUUGAUAUGCUCCCUGUCUCACAAUGGGAAGGAUCUUUUUAAACCCAUUCAGUCAAAGAAGGUUGGCACGUACAAGAAUUUCUUCUAUCUUAUUAAAUGGGAUGAACUAAUCAUUUUUCCUAUCCAGAUAUCGCAGUUGCCAUUAGAGUCAGUUCUUCAUCUUACUCUGUUUGGAGUUCUAAAUCAGAGCAGUGGAAAUUCCCCUGAUUCUAAUAAACAGAGAAAGGGGCCAGAAGCUCUGGGCAAAGUUUCUUUAACUCUAUUUGACUUUAAACGGUUUUUAACAUGUGGAACUAAGCUUCUCUACCUUUGGACUUCAUCACAUACAAAUUCUAUUCCUGGAGCAAUCCCCAAAAAAAGCUAUGUCAUGGAAAGAAUUGUACUACAGGUUGAUUUUCCUUCUCCUGCAUUUGACAUUAUUUAUACAUCUCCUCAAAUUGAUAGAAACAUUAUACAGCAAUACAAGUUGGAAACACUGGAGAAUGAUAUAAAGGGGAAACUUCUGGAUAUUAUUCACAGAGAUUCAUCAUUUGGACUUUCAAAAGAAGAUAAGGUCUUUUUGUGGGAAAAACGCUAUUAUUGCCUAAAACAUCCAAAUUGUCUUCCGAAGAUACUAGCAAGUGCUCCUAACUGGAAGUGGGCUAAUCUUGCCAAAACUUACUCACUGCUGCACCAGUGGCCACCAUUGUGUCCACUAGCUGCAUUGGAGCUCCUUGAUGCAAAAUUUGCUGAUCAAGAAGUGCGAUCGCUAGCUGUGAGCUGGGUAGAGGCCAUAAGUGAUGAUGAGCUAGCAGAUCUUCUCCCACAGUUUGUACAGGCUUUGAAAUAUGAAAUUUAUUUGAAUAGUUCACUAGUGCGCUUCCUUCUGUCCAGGGCUUUGGGAAACAUCCAGAUAGCACACAGUUUGUAUUGGCUUCUCAAGGAUGCUUUGCAUGAUACACACUUUGGAAGCAGAUAUGAACAUGUGUUGGGUGCACUCCUCUCUGUAGGAGGAAAAGGACUCAGAGAAGAGCUUUCUAAGCAGAUGAAACUUGUACAGCUUUUAGGAGGAGUGGCAGAAAAAGUAAGGCAGGCUAGUGGAUCAACCAGACAGGUGGUCCUCCAGAAGAGUAUGGAACGGGUACAGUCUUUUUUUCUGAAAAAUAAAUGCCGUCUUCCUCUCAAACCAAGUCUGGUGGCAAAAGAAUUAAACAUUAAGUCAUGUUCGUUCUUCAGUUCUAAUGCGAUGCCUCUGAAAGUCACAAUGGUAAAUGCUGAUCCUCUGGGGGAAGAAAUUAAUGUCAUGUUUAAGGUUGGUGAAGAUCUUCGGCAAGAUAUGUUAGCUUUACAGAUGAUAAAGAUUAUGGAUAAGAUCUGGCUUAAAGAGGGACUGGAUCUAAGGAUGGUGAUAUUCAAAUGCCUUUCAACUGGACGAGAUCGAGGCAUGGUGGAGCUAGUUCCUGCUUCAGAUACCCUCAGGAAAAUCCAAGUAGAGUAUGGUGUAACAGGAUCCUUUAAAGAUAAACCACUUGCUGAGUGGCUGAGGAAAUACAAUCCUUCUGAAGAAGAAUAUGAAAAGGCUUCUGAGAACUUUAUCUACUCUUGUGCUGGGUGCUGUGUAGCCACCUAUGUUUUAGGCAUUUGUGAUCGGCAUAAUGACAAUAUAAUGCUUCGAAGCACAGGACACAUGUUCCACAUUGACUUUGGAAAGUUUUUAGGCCAUGCACAGAUGUUUGGUAGCUUCAAAAGGGACAGAGCUCCUUUCGUGCUUACCUCUGAUAUGGCAUAUGUCAUUAAUGGAGGUGAAAAGCCCACCAUUCGUUUCCAGCUGUUUGUGGACCUCUGCUGUCAAGCCUACAACUUGAUAAGAAAGCAAACGAACCUCUUUCUUAACCUUCUCUCACUGAUGAUUCCUUCAGGAUUGCCAGAACUUACAAGUAUUCAGGAUUUGAAAUAUGUUAGAGAUGCACUUCAGCCCCAAACUACAGAUGCUGAAGCUACUAUUUUCUUCACUAGGCUGAUUGAGUCAAGUUUGGGAAGCAUUGCCACAAAGUUUAAUUUCUUCAUUCAUAACCUUGCUCAGCUACGUUUUUCUGGCCUUCCCUCUAAUGAUGAGCCCAUCCUUUCAUUCUCACCAAAAACAUACUCCUUUAGACAAGACGGCCGGAUCAAAGAAGUCUCUGUUUUCACAUAUCAUAAGAAAUACAACCCAGAUAAACAUUACAUUUACGUGGUUCGAAUUCUGAGAGAAGGGCAUCUUGAACCAUCAUUUGUAUUCCGGACAUUUGAUGAGUUUCAGGAACUUCACAAUAAGCUCAGUAUUAUUUUUCCACUUUGGAAAUUACCUGGCUUUCCUAAUAGGAUGGUUCUUGGAAGAACACACAUAAAAGAUGUAGCAGCCAAGAGGAAAAUUGAGUUAAACAGUUAUUUGCAGAGUUUGAUGAAUGCAUCAACAGAUGUAGCAGAGUGUGAUCUUGUUUGUACUUUUUUCCACCCCUUACUUCGUGAUGAGAAAGCUGAAGGAAUAGCCAAGUCUGCAGGUGCAGGUCCCUUCAGCCCUACUGUAGGCCAAAUAGGAGGAGCAGUGAAGUUAUCUGUUUCUUACCGAAAUGGCACCCUCUUCAUCAUGGUGAUGCACAUCAAAGAUCUUGUGACUGAAGAUGGGGCUGACCCAAAUCCAUAUGUCAAAACAUACCUGCUUCCAGAUACCCACAAAACAUCAAAACGUAAAACCAAAAUUUCACGUAAAACUAGGAACCCAACAUUCAAUGAAAUGCUUGUAUAUAGUGGAUACAGCAAAGAAACUCUGAGGCAGAGAGAACUUCAACUGAGUGUACUCAGUGCAGAAUCUCUGCGGGAAAAUUUCUUCUUGGGUGGAGUAACCCUGCCACUGAAAGAUUUCAACUUGAGCAAAGAGACAGUUAAGUGGUAUCAGCUGACUGCAGCAACAUACCUAUAAACCGCCAACUUCUGAGCUUUGGAAACAAGGAGUAAUAAAUGUAUGCACAUGUGUGUAUAUACAUACUUGGGAACUUUGUAUAAUUUCAUACUUGGGCAGAAAUUAUAAACUUAACAUGUUGGACCAACUGUCAGUCACAUAACUUAACUUUUAUAUAGUUUGGGAAGCCAUUGCUAUUUCAAAGUCAUUUUGUUGAAUGCUACCAAUCCCAAGCUUAAUACAUACUAAGUCCUGAAAAAGAUUUUGACAUAAUACUAUGUCAUUUCGGCCACCUUGUACUCUUUCUACACAGACACAGCAAAUUGUUUGUUAUGCACCUCACAGCCUUUACCACUGUGUAUGUUCACAGACACCAAAGGAAAGAUGCAGCUGCUACUCAACAGGCUGAAAAGCAAAGCACAAAUAGAGGUCAGAAUGCUAAGAACUAGGAAAAUACCAUUUUUAUUCAUUGUAAAGCCUUUUCAGAGUAAGUGCCAGUCACUGAAGUUGUAAAUAAUGGUGCCUUACUUAACUCCAUGCUUCACUGGCACUUCAUUUCUGAUUAAAGAGCAAGUAGUUUUCAUUCAUUUUCACCUUACUGAGGACAAAAUGUCAUGUACAUUUACUAAUGGUUUCCCUACAAAAAAUACUAUUUUCUCUACUUCUGAUUGUGAGUUUGUUAUUUUCACUAUUAAGCUAUUUGACUUAGUGUUUAUUGCCCAGUAACUGAAUGAGAUUCAUUGAUAUAGUUGUAUUCUAAAUUCUAUCAUUCCAUUAUAACUUGUAAGGAUGUGAAUUGAAAUUUGAGUUUCACUUCCAUGUAUUUAUACUUUACUCCCUCAUUAAACAAAUGGAAGUUGUUUGGUAAGAUGCCCAGGCAAGAUAAGGGGCUAGGGUCCUGACUGAAUUUUAAUUUAGACAUUUAUGGAAGGUGUUGUGUAAACUGUCCUGUAUGUAAACAUUGUACAUUCACAUGAAAAAAUUAUUUUCUGUAAUACAAUGAAAUUGACAAUUUCAAGAGGGAAGUUUGAAGUUACUAUGGAGUAGCCAUUAAAAAUAAGGUUCAUUUUUGCCUGGCAGUGGUGGCACACGCCUUUAAUCCCAGCACUUGGGAGGCAGAGGCAGGUGGAUUUCUGAGUUCGAGGCCAGCCUGGUCUACAGAGUGAGUUCCAGGACAGCCAGGGCUACACAGAGAAACCCUGUCUCAAAAAAACCAAAAAUAAAUAAAUAAGGUUCAUUUUUAUUUCCUAUUUCAGAUAUAAUUUUGUUUAGUUUUGGUAAACAUGUAUAUAUAAUACAUUUCUUGGUUAGAAGUUCAAAUAUUUUUAGAAUGGUAAUAGAGAUGUAGCAAAUUUGGUAGUUAAGAGAAAACUGAAACUACUUAAUGAAGAGUACCAAGAGAGGACAAUCUGAUUCAGUUUGCCCGAAUAAAAUUUUUAUGAAGUGUACAAAGUGAUUAACAGAAAUGAUGAUGCUUACAGAGUUAAAUUAAGAGUUAAGGGUGUUAUCAUUGGAAUACAUUUUUAAUAAAUCAAAACUUGAAAUAUUUGGUGCCUAACACUAUGGUCCAUUUGUAGGGAAACCUAUAUAUGAGUAUGGUAUGUGAAUGUUUUUAUAUUAAAGUGUGUUGUCUACUUGAUAAUUAAAAUGAAGAUCAAAGCAUCAUUGUUUGCUUUUCCCACAAUUAACAUUUCCUUAAAUUGUUUUGCAGAUGUAAGUAGCACUAGAAUUUUUUUUUCUUUUGAGAGAGACCUAAUUCCAUUCCAUGAGUCACCUAGCUAUUUAAAAAAAAAAAUGCUGUUUGUAAAAGGUGAUUAUUGACUGAACUUGUGGACCUUUUUGUGAUCCAUUACGGUGUAUCUUAGCAGAAACAGAACUAGAAAAUGUAAUGUCACUUUUCAGUGACAAGAAAUCUGAUUAAUAUCUAAAAGUAUAUAUUAUCAUUAAUACUGUACAGUUAACAAGAAUUCAGAAGGUAAUAUUAUCUCUUAAUUUAACUCAAUUUGUGCCUUCUUUGGUUAUUAGAAUACAUAUAUUUUAAUAUAAGUUAUUUCUUUGUAAAAUGCUAAUCUUCAGCCCAUACCAAAAAAACAGUUUUAGGGAGGAGAAAGUAGCCUCUUUGCACUACAACUGCAGCCAGUUAUAAUCAGCUGGCUUUCUAAAAGUUUUUUAACAGUUACCUUAAAAUAAAUCUGAAAAACAAAACUCUAAACAGGCCAAGACACUAAUUUUUAUGUAUAUCAUAUUUAUAACUACCUUCAUCAAGUAAAAAUAAUUUUGCUACAUACAAGUCCUGUGCCAGAAUUCUUUGUUCUUGCCAGUGCUCUAGGAUCUGAAGAUGAUGGUUUAUCCCAAGAACCUGUUUUCUCUGAGGAAUCCAAUGAGAAUUGGCACCAGUGCUUUUUAUUACUGUGUUAAUGUGAGUCAUUAAAGCAUGUGUAUCUUUUUUACUUUUUUUUUUCAAAUUAAAGUUGUAUAUAAAGUUCAAAAUCUUGCCUUAAAUUGUUUAAUUCUUUCUAAGACUCGUGAAUUGUAACAUUUAAAAAAUUCACUUUUGAUAACUCAGAUUUUUAAAAAACACUGAAGCCCUGCUAUUAUGAUACAAUGUACUUAUAUGCUGUUCACUAGCAAUGCAAAUAUGGAUGUGAUUACUAGUGUCACCUGUAAGAGCAAAAUGCUUUAAUUAUAUCAGCCUAAUGAGUUAAGAUGUAUAAUAUUUGUAUUAAUACUUGGAAUAUAUUCAAUGAAUUGAAUGUGACUUCAUAACUAUACUACAAUUAUAUUAAAAUAUUUCUGAAAUAAAAACUCAGCUGUCA